UAACAUCUGCUGUUGUUGUCUGUGAGGAAAGACCAGCGGCGGCGGACUUCACUAUUAACCUGACCGUCAUAUUACCUGCUCAACAUGGGCGACGACUGGGCGAAGGCAGCCGAGGAACAGGAGGCAAAAGAUCUGGUUGCUAAAGUUGAGAGCCUGAAUCUUCCCAAAGUUGAAGAUGAAAGGAUUAAGGAAAAAGUGCCCUCAAAUGAUGCAGAGGAAAAUAUUUCUCCAGCUGAGCUGUCACUCAUGAGGAAGGUGAUGAGAAAAGGGAUUAAAGAAACUAAGAACAAUGUUGAGGUCUUGCGCAAGGAUCCUAAAAAUCCCCUCUAUUGUGUCAAGACUUUUGAAGAGCUUAACUUACGGAAGGAGCUCUUAGAGGGGAUAUAUGAAAUGGGAUUUAAGCUUCCCUCAAAGAUUCAAGAAGUCUCGCUUCCAACUCUUCUAGCUGAACCGCCAGUCAACAUGAUAGCUCAGUCCCAGUCAGGCACAGGCAAGACAGCAGCAUUUGCCCUGGCCAUGUUGAGCCGCAUUGACACCUCCAGAAAAUGUUGCCAGGCUCUGUGCUUGUCACCAACUAUGGAGCUGGCAUUGCAAACACUGGACUGUAUCAAGCAGAUGGGUAAUAAAUGCAAGGACAUCACCAUUCGCUCUGCUGUUAAAGGAGAAUCAGUUUCCCGUGGGCAAAAAAUCACUGAACAUAUUGUAAUUGGCACCCCAGGGAAGGUAGUUGACUGGGUCACCAAAUACAAAUGUCUUGAGCUACGUAAUUGCAAGGUUUUUGUACUUGAUGAAGCUGAUGUGAUGAUUGCUACUCAGGGUCAUCAGGAUCAGUCUGUCCGUAUACAUAAGCAACUUCCACAAAAUUGUCAGAUGAUGUUUUCGGCCACGUAUGUUGAGGUUGUCACUUUUGCUGAAGCCAUUAUUAAGGAUCCAGUGACACUCCGGUUAAAGAGGGAAGAAGAAACGCUGACAAAUAUUAGACAGAUGUAUGUCGAGUGUCAUAAUCAGGAUGAAAAAUAUGAGGCUAUUGCCAACAUCUACACAAUCCCGGUGGGCAGUGCAAUGUUUUUCUGCCAUACCAAGCAGAAUGCUAAUUGGUUAGCAACACGUCUUAAGGAAGAUGGUCACCAAGUAGCGCUACUCACUGGUGACCUAACACCUGACGAGCGAGUCCGAGUGUUACUUCGCUUCCGCGAGGGAACUGAAAGGGUGCUCAUAUGUACCAACGUUCUGGCCCGAGGGAUUGACGUUGACACAGUUAACUUAGUGGUCAACUAUGAUCUUCCUCGAUUGUAUGGGUCGAAGAGGGCAGACUGCGAGACGUAUUUGCAUCGAAUUGGCCGUACUGGUCGCUUUGGCAAGACAGGCAAUGCAAUUAAUAUUGUAGAUGGUGAGGAUGAUGUGCGAUUACUAAGAGAAAUUGAGGAGCACUUCAAUAUAAAAAUUAUCAAGCUGGACUACAACAACAUUGAUGAAAUUGAGAAGCUUAGUGAGGACUAAAGUGACAACAUGCAUGAUGUAUUUAUUCAGUACCGUAUAAUAUUUCACAUGUAAAUUGCUUGUGAUUUCAGUCGAACCUAAUUGUGGAUAUAAUCUGCCAAGUUUUGUUUUAAACAUGAUAAUGUAUUGGGCAUUAUUUAUCAUCUUACUGUGCAGUGAAAAAAUGGCAGCAGAUAACUAAACCUGGACACAGUGCAGCACAUCAACAAAAAUUUCAGCACCAGAACUUCACACUUCCUGGAUGUAUUCAUGAAAACACAAUAUAACCCACAAAUUCUAAUUGCAGUUAACAAACCAUGACUUGAUAAAGCUCAUGAAAGUUUGAUAGAAAAAUUAUGAUAUAUACUUGUCCAAUAUUUACUAUUUACUGAAGGAUUAAGCCUGAUGUAUAGCCCUUUGAAAGGCAGAGAACAGUCACAGAGACUUAGGGAUGGAGGUGGGGGGGGGGGGGGGGGAAGGUAUGUUUGCAAAUAUAUAUUAAUACACUGACAAGUAUAUUUCAUUGCAGUUGAAUAGCUUUAUUAUUAAACACUCCUUUGUACAUUCUUAAAAUAAAUAUUAUUUAAAUUAUUUAUCUUACGGUAACUCAUAAUUUAUAAUGCACAUAGAAAUUAUUUAGUAUAGUAAUUAUAUGCUUAAAUCGCACUAUUGUACCCCAAUUUGCAUGAUGUUGGUCAUUGCAUGGCUAUGUUUCUUCAUAACUUUCAUCACUGAACUGCAUCUAUCACAUGUAAUAAUACAAUAAACUCUCCUGGCAUUUCUGUAAAACUACACAUUACCUUAUGUAAAGAUUUGUGUUGCUGAAAUUAAAGAAUAUUUGUAUUUCGCAAUACAAUCAUGUUAUUAGAAGCAAGUUUGUGAUGUAUAAAUAGUUAUUACAUUUUAAGUAAUCAUGGCCUUCCAAAAAGGUGCAAAAGUUAUAUUUUAUGACUAGAAAUAAAGAUGUUAAUUAAU